GGCGUUGGGUCGGUGAGGGCCCCGUAACGGUCGCGGCCCGAGCGCGGCGGGGUUCGGGGGCUGGGACCCUGAGCCAGGCCCCGCGGGGCUGGGGUCGUGAAGUUCGCGGCCAUUGACCGCUGCCCGCGCGUUGGGACCCUGUGCGUCGGGCGUCGGGACGCGGGGCCCCGGCCACUCCCCCUCCCUCACGGGCCCGGGAUGGGGGCGCGCCCGGUGCGGACACCGCGUGCCUAGCGCUUCCUCCCAGAGGCGCUCCGUGGCGUCCCGAGCCAGCUGUUUCCUGCGGGAGAGCGUGCCCGGGGCGGGAGGGCGCUGGCCGCCGCCUCGUUGGCCUCCCGGUGCCUGCGCUGGUGCCCGGCGCCCCGCGGAGCGGCGCGGACUCCCCGGCGGGUGCGUGUUCGCUGGGAGGAGAAGACGGGCGCCCGAAUGCUGCGGAGCCUGGACUCGCGGUGUGGUCCGCGCCUCUCGGAGACGCGGUUACUACUCUCCGGCUGGAUAUCAGAGCGUGGACUUUUCGCUUUCUCAGUGAAUCCCUUUCAAAACAGAAUAAAGCCUCGCGUCACCUAAGCAUACUCCUGAAAACUUAGGUUGGAAUUGAAAAAGAGGCGGGGGCCCGGGGUUGGAAGUCGCAGCUAGGUUUCCUUUUGGCCAUUAAUAGGAAGCUGUUGAAAUAUUUGAAGAAACUCUCCACCCUGCCUAUUACAGUAGACAUUCUUGCGGAGACUGGGGUUGGGAAAACAGUAAAUAGCUUGCGAAAACACGAGCAUGUUGGAAGCUUUGCCAGGGACCUAGUGGCCCAGUGGAAGAAGCUGGUUCCUGUGGAACGAAAUGCUGAGCCUGAUGAACAGGACUUUGAGAAGAGCAAUUCCCGAAAGCGCCCUCGGGAUGCCCUGCAGAAGGAGGAGGAGAUGGAGGGGGACUACCAAGAAACCUGGAAAGCCACAGGGAGCCGAUCCUAUAGCCCUGACCACAGGCAGAAGAAACAUAGGAAACUCUCGGAGCUCGAGAGACCUCACAAAGUGUCUCACGGUCAUGAGAGGAGAGACGAGAGAAAGAGGUGUCACAGAAUGUCACCAACUUACUCUUCAGACCCUGAGUCUUCUGAUUAUGGCCAUGUUCAAUCCCCUCCAUCUUGUACCAGUCCUCAUCAGAUGUACGUCGACCACUACAGAUCCCUGGAGGAGGACCAGGAGCCCAUUGUUUCACACCAGAAGCCUGGGAAAGGCCACAGCAAUGCCUUUCAGGACAGACUGGGGGCCAGCCAAGAACGACACCUGGGUGAACCCCAUGGGAAAGGGGUUGUGAGUCAAAACAAGGAGCACAAAUCUUCCCACAAGGACAAACGCCCCGUGGAUGCCAAGAGUGAUGAGAAGGCCUCUGUGGUGAGCAGAGAGAAAUCACACAAGGCCCUCUCCAAAGAGGAGAACCGAAGGCCACCCUCAGGGGACAGUGCAAGGGAGAAACCGCCCUCUAGUGGCGUAAAGAAAGAGAAGGACAGAGAGGGCAGCAGCCUGAAGAAGAAGUGUUUGCCUCCCUCAGAGGCCGCUUCAGACAACCACCUGAAAAAGCCAAAGCACAGAGACCCAGAGAAAGCCAAAUUGGACAAAAGCAAGCAAGGUCUGGACAGCUUUGACACAGGAAAAGGAGCAGGAGACCUGUUGCCCAAGGUAAAAGAGAAGGGUUCUAACAACGUAAAGACUCCAGAAGGGAAAGUCAAAACUAAUUCGGAUAGAAAGUCACUGGGCUCCCUCCCUAAAGUUGAGGAGACAGAUAUGGAGGAUGAAUUCGAGCAGCCAACCAUGUCUUUCGAAUCCUACCUCAGCUAUGACCAGCCCCGGAAGAAAAAGAAAAAGAUUGUGAAAACUUCAGCCACAGCACUUGGAGAUAAAGGACUUAAAAAAAAUGACUCUAAAAGCACUGGUAAAAACUUGGACUCAGUUCAGAAAUUACCCAAGGUGAACAAAACCAAGUCAGAGAAGCCGGCUGGAGCUGAUUUAGCCAAGCUGAGAAAGGUGCCUGAUGUGUUGCCAGUGUUGCCAGACCUCCCGUUACCCGCGAUACAGGCCAAUUACCGUCCACUGCCUUCCCUCGAGCUGAUAUCCUCCUUCCAGCCAAAGCGAAAAGCGUUCUCUUCACCCCAGGAAGAAGAAGAAGCUGGAUUUACUGGGCGCAGAAUGAAUUCUAAGAUGCAGGUGUAUUCUGGUUCCAAGUGUGCCUAUCUCCCUAAAAUGAUGACCUUGCACCAGCAGUGCAUCCGAGUACUUAAAAACAACAUCGAUUCAAUCUUUGAAGUGGGAGGAGUCCCAUACUCUGUUCUUGAACCCGUUUUGGAGAGGUGUACACCUGAUCAGCUGUAUCGCAUAGAGGAAUACAAUCAUGUAUUAAUUGAAGAAACAGAUCAAUUAUGGAAAGUUCAUUGUCACCGAGAUUUUAAGGAAGAAAGACCCGAAGAGUAUGAGUCGUGGCGAGAGAUGUACCUGCGGCUUCAGGACGCCCGAGAGCAGCGGCUACGAGUACUAACAAAGAAUAUCCAGUUCGCACAUGCCAAUAAGCCCAAAGGCCGACAAGCAAAGAUGGCCUUUGUCAACUCUGUGGCCAAGCCACCUCGUGACGUCCGGAGGAGGCAGGAAAAGUUUGGAACGGGAGGAGCAGCUAUCCCUGAGAAAAUCAAGAUCAAGCCAGCCCCGUACCCCACGGGAAGCAGCCAUGCUUCCUCCAGUAGCAACAGCUUUAACCCCAGCCCUGAGGAGCCGGCCUAUGAUGGCCCAAGCACCAGCAGUGCCCACUUGGCACCAGUGGUCAGCAGCACUGUUUCCUAUGAUCCUAGGAAACCCACUGUGAAGAAAAUUGCCCCAAUGAUGGCCAAGACAAUUAAAGCUUUCAAGAACAGAUUCUCCCGACGAUAAACUGAGGACUUGCCUUGGAAAUGGAAUCUGGGGAGGCAGGAAUACAAGGACAGUGGGGGUUGGGGAAUGGAAUUCUACAGGAGACUGGAGUCUUGCUUUGUGGAUCCUUUUGGUCUCCGAGUCCUGCAGUCUGCAGGUGCUGCCCCUGGGAACCUGCGUGCCACAGCCCCGCCUCCCUGCCUGGAGCACACUUUAGAAUUCUGAAGAAGAUGUGAAGCCUCUGUCUCACUGAGGAUUUUAAAGGUCAAUUAUACUUUUGUUGUUCAUUAGCAUCUUUGUAAACUAUAAGACGUAGUUUUAAUUAAUAAAUAUUGCCCCCAGAUUGUAUUUAUAUUA